AUGCUUCGCAGCAAGAAGCACCGAACAGGGGGCUCUACUGGCGGUACCGGUGGCGGGAGUGCUGGUGGUCAAGCCACCGAGCGCUCGUCCAAGGAGCUGGAGAAGGAGCGCAAGAUGACCGAGCGCCUGGCAGAGCUGGUUGCCACAUACGGCGAGGAUGUCCCAGUCUUGAGUGAUGACGCAUGGCGGUACUUUGUGUAUCUUGCAGACUCAACACAGGCUCCGCAUUCGGAUGGACGGCCGGCGAGCUCGGGCGCUGUACAGCCGCUGAGCAAGGCUCUCUCGGGACUGGCGGACUUUAUCCGCUCGGGGCGGAGGGCCAAGUUUACUGUGAUUACUCUCGAUGACAUCAUGGCGUACGCCAAGGACAACGCCAAGCAUCCUCUCUGUGCCCACGUUCGUGCUUAUGCUGAUGGCAUUGACGAGAUGCCCGAGGAGCUCCUGGCUCUGGUACUUGCCCGUAAGCUUGCGGACGAUCGCGAGCUCGGGCUGGAAAAGAAGGAGGCCGCGCGCCGCGAGGCCGAGCGCGAACGGCAGCUGCAGAUCGAGCGCGAGCGCGAAGAGCGUGAGGCGCUACAGGCUGCGCUCCGUGCAAGCGCAGGCGGGGGUGGUGGCGGGACCGGGACCGGUGGCCCGGGUGGGAAGUCGGCGCGCGGCUCGCGCGGGAGACAGGCGUCAAACCCGACGACGGCCCGCGGCGCGCAGUCGACUCGCGACGGUGGCAAGCGGCCGCCGCGCGGUCGCGGCCCGUCGGAUCCGCAUCACGACGACGACGGCGGCAGUGGGCCGCGCGGGCCAGGUAGUAGCACCGCCAAGGGUCGCCGCAGUGGCCGCGGUCGCCGCGGCGGCGCCCCGCAGACCGUUGUGCCCGAGAUGGACGCGCUUGGCGAUGAGCCCGAUGACGGCCCGGACUGCUAUCUCUGGCUCAAGGACUUUCCGCUCACUGUCACCUUUGUCGAGCUCUGUGCCAAGUAUACGAUCCCGCUCAACGCUGUGGCACAUCUAGAGCCGGCCAUGUCCGACGCCGUGCGCGCGUCGUCGGUCACCGUCGGAAGCGCUGGUGGGGGGCUCGGAACGAGCUCGAUGCACAGCGGCGGGGCAGCGUCUCCGCGAGUCGGCCAGACGCCGACUCCGCCCGGCACCUCGGCAAGGUCCGAGUCGCGAGCAUCGGCGUCGGGUCGGCCUACGUCGCGGCAGGCCCGGUCGCGGUCGUCGAAGCGAAGCGCAGCAGCAUCACCGGGUGCCUCACCUGGUCCCUCGUCGUCUGCGGCUGUAUCCGCUGCUGCUCUCCGUCGCAAGCGCCGGAAGGAGGCCAAGCUCUCGGCCUCGCACCAGCCGACGACCGCUGUCACCGCAGUUGCCGCGUCGGAUCUCGCACCAUCGGGCAGCUCGAUUGCGUCGAUCAAGUCUGACUCGACCGCUACCGACACGCCCGCCUUCGACCCGUUGGCCCUCGCCCGGCCUUCGGCGCAAGCCGCCGAGCUUGUUGUCCCGGCCGGCUGCUCGGUGGCGCUCGCCAGGUUCCGUGCCGCCAUCGACGCCUCGCCGCCCGACUCGCUCCUCCGGUCCAUCGUCAUGUUCACCGUCUCCGCUGCCAACCGCAAGCCGCCGCUCAUGGUUUACGACGAGCUGGCUGGGCGGCUCUUUGACGUCGUGGCCAAAGCCAAGAUCCACUCGGCCUGGCGCGCCACUAUGGACGUCGAGCCGAUGCCAGCAGCGGACGGCCUCGGUGCAGUUCCGCUCGACGCGCUGCUCCCGAGUGCCACCAACCCUGCUCCACUCGCCACCUCGCGUUACCUGGAGCGACUUGCCGAGCUCCCGUCGUCUGUUGCUGUCACGCCGGCGCUUGUACUCGACGCCAUGCUCGAGCAAGUCGCGUUUACUGCCAAAGGCCCGGCCGCGGUCGCCGCAGCCGUGGCCCAGGACUUUGCGUCGGCGCUAGACACAGCGCUGUCAGAUCCGCUCGCGGAGCUUGUCGGCUUGGAUGCAGAGUCGCCCGAGCAGGAGCAUGCUCCCGAGCCCGAGGCAGCUGCGGACCUCUGCCCAGCAGUCUUGCCCUGGCACGACACACUCCAACACACGUACUGGGCACAGCCGCAAGUGCUCCAGAUCGAGCGGUCGAUUGCAUUGCGGCUUCGGUCGGCGGCAGCAGACGCCAGUGCCGCUCUAGUGGCCAACGCUGCAGCAGACACAAGUGACUCUGAAGUUCGCCAGCUCGAGACGCGGGUCCUCUCCAACCACUUUCUCUCGUUCCCGAUUCCAGUUAUGGAGCGGACCCUGGUGCUGUCGGCCUUUGAGAAGCUGCUUGGCGGCGCGGUGCCCGACGUCGAGUGGGACUUGCAGAGCCGCACCUUUUACGAGGACUUUGAUUCCUUCUCGCUCCACACCCAUCUCGCCGCGCUCCAGGCGCUCGACUAUGACGUGGUGACAAGCUACUACCCGCGGGACCACGCCAUGCUGCUGGCGCUUGUUCCCUCAAUGGACAGUCGGCGGAUGUCGAGUAGUGUGUUUGAGCCCGAGGUGCGGACGCCGCUCUCGCUCUCAGCCUUUGUGGCGGCUGCCGACGCCGGUGCGCAGUUUUUCGACUGCGACGCCCUGGUCGAGUCGUUUACCUUUGAGCCGCCCAUCGAUCCCAAGGCGCCGCUCUCAAUGGCACAGCGGCUGGAGCUGGCCAAAAAGUCGGCGUCAUCGGCAAUGGCCCAGCGCGGCGGACAGCAGCUGGCUCGGCUCGGUGGCGCAUCGCAGCAGGCUGCGAGCAAGACGCCGGUUGUCCAGACCAAGGCAUAUGAGCUCAACGACUCGCUGUUGCGGGCGUCGCUGGUAGAGACGCUGGUGUAUCCCGCCGAGACCGAGACGUCGAUCAAGGUCUGCGUCCGCCACUCGGCUCGGCCGCCGUCGACCCGCACCGCAAGCGAUGUGCAAAUUGCGGUCCGGCAUGGCACGGCUUCCUCGUUCGCCAUGCAUCUUGCCCAUCCGCCGACCGACGCGGGGCGGCACGACCCGAACCCGCCCAAGACACAGCGCAGCUCGCCACGCCACACAUCGGCUGCCAACAACAACUCGAUGGCUUCUGCCGAGCUCAGCACCACCGCGCCCGAUGCUGCAGCUGUGGUUGCCGCCGCCGACACGCCGCUGGUGCCGUCGGCUACGGCGCCGCCGCCGCGGCCGGUCUUCACCUGGACGAGCGCCGAUGGAUCUGCGGCCCGGAUUGCGGCAACUGCAGGCCCGGGCGUGGUGUGUGACAUUACCACCGCAAGCGGCGUCACCGCCCGGGCUGCCACGGCCCGGCGUGAGGUUCAGCUUGCUGCGUAUGCAGCUCCGCAUGCGAGCGGCGCGCUCACUGCCACAGGACCGAGCAGCAGCCGCGUGGCCGAGGCGGGGCGGACUGUCGCGUUUGACGGGACCGCCUCGAUCUACCGCGUUGACGGCAGCGUUACAGUCCUUGCACCCAAUGGCGGCAUGUCGCAGUACGAUCCAGUGAGUGAUUCAUGGACGUAUCUGGCUGCCAAUGGGUCGCGGUUUGCGGCCAAGGCGCCGGGCUCGGGCCACGGCCCGCCGCUCCCUGGCUCGCUGGCGAGCGCGACACGGAUUGAGGCCGCGAGCGGUGCCCAUGUGACCACCCGCGAAGACGGCCUGACUCUCUCGCUGGACGUGGGGCGGACAUCGCGGGUUGUCACCUUUCCGGACGGAACAGUCCUCACUGCCGACGCUGCCGAGCUUGGUAGCGCGACGACGCUCGAGGUCGCCGCUCCGCGCGGAAGCUACGGCGGUGCGGUGGUCUCGCUGGAUGUUGCGGCCGGGGUGGCGACUGUGGUGCUGGACGCUGGCGCGGCCGAGCUCCAGGUUGGAGCCACGAAGCUGCGAGUGGCCAAGGACGGCGCGUGGGUCCGGGCCGAGCUCGACGUUGGGCGGCUCGCGUUUGGCGGCGCCGGCACGCCCGAGUUUAUGGGCACUGGACAGGCAAGCGUGUCUGGCGUGUACGCGUUUGACCUCUCAUCGGGUUCGCUGCAUGCUAUCGACCGCCUCCGCAACGAGUUUCACGUUGACGGCCACUCGGGUGUGGUGACAACGACGCCUGCGGGAGCGCGGGAGUUGAUGAGCGCUGUGGUGUCAGACGACUCUUCAGACGACGAGAGCGGCGCAGCGACGCCAGUGACGGCCCCGGGCGCUGACGCGAGCGUGACGCUCCUCUCGCGCGCCAUCGUAUCGGAAGACCAUCCGCCGCGACUGUUUGUGGUGCGGACGGACGGCUCCGGCUACGAGCUUAUGGACGAGAGCAUGGCCCUCCACUUUCUCCACAGUGUCGAAUCCUCGCUUGAGGCCGGCGCCGGUGCGUCCAGUGGUUUUGCCGGCUCGCUCUCGGUGGAGCCACUGGCCGGCGACGUGCAGUCGACGGUCUUCUCGCUCUUGACCAAGGUUGCACCUGUUGGUGCCGCACCGCACAAGCUGCGCCAGCUGCGGCGGCACGCCCAGCUCUCGCACGAGCAGCGCAAGGUUCUGAUGGGCGAGCUCCAGGCGUUUGACGAGUGGCAAGCCGGCCGUCAGUCUGCACUGGCCGAGUUGGCGCUCGCCGACGACCGCAAGUCCGCCGACGUUGCGCUGCAGACCGAGGUCUCGCGGCGAGUUCUUGCUGCCCGAGUUGAGGCCAAGAAGAAGCAGGCUGAGGAGGCGCAGUUGCAGCCGGCAUCGGAGCCUGUUCAGCAGAAUGUCGAGGCUUCCGCAAGUGCCGCCGCGCCGUCGGCAACUCACAGCGAUGCUGCAGUUGAUUGCCGCAACCCGCUGGGAGCUACGGUUGAUCGCCACGCGCCGCCAGCAGCAUACUUUGAGACUGCGCAAGGUCAGGCGUUUCUUGCAGCGCAAGCCGCGACGCUGGAGCGGGAACAGGUGGUGCAUGGCAUUCCGCAGGAGACGCGGUCGAUUUCGCGGGCUUCGCCGUCGCGGUCGGGCUACCGUGGGCUGGAUCACCUGAGCAUGACGCCGCUGCAGGGCCCUGCAGUGGUGGUGCCGUCGACGCUCCGCGCGCACGUCUCGAUCUCGGACUCGGACGACUCGGACGACGACGCGCCGCCGGUGGAAGGCACUGUUGUGGAGCUGGAGACGGCAACGGCAGAGGAGGCGGCGGCGGAUGAGGCGCGGGCGCGCGAGCGGGCGGCGGAUGGGACGGGCAUGCGGUCGCUCGGCGUCCUUCCACCCAUCAGCACGCCGAAGCGAAGCGGGAGGCAGAGGCGGCGGCGCGGAUCCGAAGCGUCGACGGCAAGCUCGGUCUCGACCAAGACCUCGCCGCUCUCGGUGUCUGUGGAUGGGCAGAGCCGGCGGCCCGGUGGCGAGCGGGCGCUCCCGCGGGUGCUCCGCGGCAGCCGCGGCGACACAGUCAACACCGAGUACCUCGAGCGCGAGCUGCCUGUGAGGCGGUUCGUCAAGACCUCGUCGGUGAUGCAGGCGUCGGCCAAGGGCACCCACCAUGCGCGGCAGCUGUUUGGCUUUGAAGUCUUCCCCACCGAGCUCGACAUGGGCGUGCUCGCUGUGUCGGCCGUUUACCGGCUCGCCUUUACGCUCCGCAACGUCGGCGUCGAGUCGGCGCGCUUCCGGGUGAGCCAGCCCAAGACGCCCGGCAUGCGGGUCCGGUUCUCGACCGGCCCGGUUGCGCCGGGCAUGGCGGUCUCGCUCGAGCUCGAGUUUGCGCUCCCCGCCGAGACCUCGCUGCUCGGUGAGGUGCUCGACGAGGUGGUCAUCACCACAGAAGCCGACGUCUUCCAUCUCGCAGUCUCGGCGCGGGUGGUGACACUGGAUGAGGCGCGUGCGCUGUACCAUGCCCAGGGCGGCAAACCGAUUGCUGCCCCGGGCGUCAAGCGGGUCCCUGUCCGUCGCACUUCUGGCCAUUCGGCCCCAUCCACCCCCUCGUCAGCCCCGCGCUCGUUGCGAUCGCGCGGCAGCCGUCGCCAGUGGGUUCUCCCAGCCACCCCGCCGGCCCCUGCAGUCACCGAAUGAUACUAUUCUUGAAUGAACCCUCCCCA